GUACUACUAUCCUCGACUCACAGACACCCAUACAAACACUCAACAGACAACCCUCAACACCACCACACGACAUGACUUUGGACGUACUACACUUCAUCGACAAUAAGGGAGGGAAUGCAGAGGAGAUUCGUGAGUCGCAGAGGAGACGAGGGCUGUCGGUCGAGAUCGUAGACGAGGUUAUCCAAAUGUAUGCCGACUGGGUGAAACUCGACUUUGAGGCGAACAGCCUCGCAAAGUCGGUCAAUAGUGUGCAGAAAGAGAUAGCAGCCAAGAAGAAAGCAAAAGAGAACGCAGACGAGCUGGUCGCAAAGAAGAAGGAGAUUGACGCGCAGGUCAUCGCAAAACGGAAUGAAGCGAAAGAGCUCGAGGCGCAGAUGCGGCAGAAGGCCUCCACGGUCGGUAACAUCGUCGGGAAGGAUGUGCCUGUCAGCUUGACUGAGGACGACAACAAGACGCUCAGGACUUGGCAUCCCGAAAGCAAGGAGGUCGAGAAAAAGACGGACAUCAUGCCCCACCACGAAGUCCUUCUUCGUCUGGAUGCUAUGGACUUAGAACGAGGCGCGAAGAUCACCGGCCAUCGAGGCUACUUCCUCACCAACGACGGUAUCGACCUCAAUCAGGCGCUCAUUUCGUAUGGCCUCGACUUCCUGCGCAAGCAGGGAUACAAGAAGAUUCAGCCCCCGUUCAUGAUGAACAAGGACGUCAUGGCAAAGACCGCGCAGCUCGAUCAGUUCGACGAGGAGCUCUACAAGGUCAUCGCCGCGGAGGACGAGAAGUACCUUAUCGCGACCUCGGAGCAGCCCAUCUCGGCCUUCCACUCGGACGAAUGGUUCGACUCGCCUGAGACGCAACUCCCGAUCAAGUACGUCGGCUACUCGACGUGCUUCCGCAAGGAGGCCGGCUCGGCGGGUCGCGACAUGUGGGGUAUCUUCCGCGUGCACCAGUUCGAGAAGGUCGAGCAGUUCUGCAUCACCGAGCCGGAGAAGAGCUGGGAGGUGUUCGACCAGAUGGUUGCGAACUCGGAGGCGUUCUACCAGAGCCUCAAGAUCCCAUACCGAGUCGUCGCGAUCGUCUCGGGCGCGCUGAACCUUGCGGCGUCGCAGAAGUACGAUCUCGAGGCAUGGUUCCCCUUCCAAGGACAGUACAAGGAGCUCGUGUCGUGCUCAAAUUGCACGGACUACCAGAGUCGAAGGCUCGAGGUUCGUUGCGGCCUGAAGACCAAAGAGCAGACUCGUAAGGUCUACGUGCACAUGCUCAAUGGCACCCUCUGUGCAACCGAGCGCGCACUGUGCUGCAUCGUCGAGAACUACCAGACACCAGAAGGUCUCGUAGUACCUGAAGUUCUCCGGCCAUACAUGCAAGGCCGCGAAUUCCUGCCGUGGGUCAAGGAGCUUCCGAAGAACCUCCAGCGCAAGCAAGCAUAGAUGGUUUCUGGGGCAGGUCCUUGGGCGAUGGCUUCGCUAUCGUGCUAGAUGUUUAUUGAUCGCGUUGUAAUACGGUGUAAGGGUGCAGUAUUCCCAAUAAGUGUACGUCAAUACGCGAUGUAUCCGAAGCAGUCUCGAUCGUGUGUGUCUAGACUCUACAUACGGCGCUAAGAUGCAUAUGUUGUAGCAUAGACGACGGUGGCGGUGUCGGCGUGCCUCCCCGUCUGACAUGAUCCGCCACGA